CCCUGCAAAGCGGCUUGAGAAAACCCCGUGGCGCGCAACGAAAGCCCUCUUCUCAGGAUCCGCCAUUAGCGAGAGGCUUGUGGUGGAUUAAACGGCAACAUGCAGAUUUUCGUGAAAACCCUUACGGGGAAGACUAUAACCCUUGAGGUUGAGCCUUCAGAUACUAUCGAGAAUGUCAAGGCCAAAAUCCAAGACAAAGAAGGCAUCCCACCCGAUCAGCAGAGGUUGAUCUUUGCAGGGAAGCAGCUGGAAGAUGGACGCACCCUGUCCGACUACAACAUCCAGAAGGAGUCAACACUUCACCUGGUGCUGAGGCUGCGUGGUGGUGCUAAAAAGAGGAAGAAGAAGUCUUACACCACCCCCAAGAAGAACAAGCACAAGAGAAAGAAGGUCAAGCUCGCUGUGCUUAAGUACUACAAGGUUGACGAGAACGGUAAGAUCCACCGUCUCCGUCGCGAGUGCCCAGCUGACGAGUGUGGUGCCGGUGUGUUUAUGGCCAGCCACUUCGACAGGCACUACUGCGGAAAGUGCUGUCUCACCUACUGCUUCAACAAGCCCGAGGACAAGUGAAAUGAUGUACAGUAGUCAAUAAAAGUUCCACCGCCCCAUCA